AUGGAAGUAGAAUAAACUCAAAAUAAAUAGCCUAAAAAAAUGCGAUUAUUCGAAUUAGGAUCGACUGAAGAUAAAAAAUAAGUAGAGUUAUUUUAUUUAUAGCAAUUAGAGUAGCUACCUGAAGAUAAAUAUGCUGAAAGUGCAAGCGAAAAAUUAAAACAUUACUUAGAAAGCAAAAAAUUAAUUGAUACAAGUUAAUAUUAUGAAUCAAAAUAUAAACCUCUUGAAUAAAAUGAUAUAUCAAAUAGUGAUGAAGCUUAUUAAAAAUAAAUGAACCAAGCUAAAAUUUUAGAAUAUGGAAGUAAUUUCGAUCCAAGCGUAUAUGAUCCAAAUUAAGUAAUUUAAAAUGAAGAUGAGCUACUAGAUAGUAUUCUCAAAAAAAGUGUGAGUGGAAAAUCUGCUUUGAAUUAAUUUAUCAAAACGCCUAGUUAACCAGGAUAAAAUAAUGGGAAUAUUCCUUUCAGUGGACCUUAAGCUAUUGUUGCAAGAUUUUCAGGUUAUUCUACAACUGUUAAAAAUGUAAUUCCAUCUGCUAUCAACAAGCAAUGA